UGAAUUGGCGGGAGUAUCAGUGCUCCGGUAAACCGUAUAAGUCACAGUACUUGAGUUGAGCAUCUUCCAUUUCGAACUUGUUGUCUUCCUCCUUUAUUCACCACCAUGGACUCUACGCUCUCCGUUCUCAAGAAUUACUUCGGGUAUUUAGGUUUUCGGCCUUAUCAGAAAGAGGUUAUUGAGAAAAUUAUUGAGAAAAGGGAUUGCUUGGUAGUCAUGGCUACUGGUAGUGGCAAGUCUUUGUGCUACCAAGUACCUCCAUUGGUUGUGAAAAAGACUGGGAUAGUUGUAAGCCCUUUAAUAUCAUUGAUGCAAGACCAGGUAAUGGCUUUGAAACAGCGAGGUGUCAAAGCUGAAUAUCUUUCAAGCGCUCAGAAAGAUUACACCGUUCAGACUAAAGCUGAGCAUGGUCAAUUUGACAUUCUGUUCAUGACUCCUGAGAAGGCAUGCACAAUUCCUAACAGUUUCUGGUCUAAUUUGCUUAAAGAAGGAAUUAGUCUUUUUGCUGUUGACGAAGCACAUUGCAUAUCGGAAUGGGGGCAUGACUUUAGGGUGGAAUACAAGCAGUUAGACAAGUUACGCAGCGUUCUGUUAGAUGUUCCGUAUGUUGGUCUAACUGCAACUGCUACUGAAAAGGUUCGAUUUGACAUCAUGAAUUCCCUGAAGAUGAAUAAUCCUUACAUUGUAGUUGGUUCGUUUGAUCGCCCAAAUCUUUUCUAUGGUGUCAAGCAAUUUAACCGUGGACAAUCUUUUAUUGAUGAGCUUGUGGAAGAAAUUUCAAAAGAAGUUGCUAGUGGUGGUUCAACUAUAAUUUACUGCACAACAAUCAAAGAUGUAGAACAGAUACAUAAGUCAUUUACGGAAGUUGGUAUUAAGGCUGGAAUGUACCAUGGCCAAAUGGAUGGAAAAUCACGAGAGGAGUCUCAUAGAUUAUUUGUUAGAGAUGAAAUGCAAAUCAUGGUGGCCACAAUUGCCUUUGGCAUGGGCAUAGAUAAACCUAAUAUAAGAAAAGUGAUUCACUAUGGCUGCCCUAAGAAUCUAGAGUCCUACUACCAGGAAAGUGGGCGAUGUGGUAGAGAUGGUAUAGCUUCUGUUUGUUGGCUUUACUACACAAGAAGUGACUUUGCAAAGGGCGAUUUUUAUGCUGCAGACUUAAAAUCGGAAAACCAAAAAACAGCUGUUAUGGAGUCAUUGAUGGCUGCUCAACACUACUGUCUGGCGGCAACUUGCAGAAGAAAGUUCUUGCUUGAACACUUCGGGGAAAAAGUUGCAGCUGAUAGAUGUGGAAACUGUGAUAACUGCACUGUCUUGAAGCAGCAGCGUGACAUGUCAAGAGAGUCGUUUCUUCUAAUGGCUUGCAUUCAUUCAUGCAACGGAAAAUGGGGCCUUAAUAUGCCGAUUGACAUCCUGCGUGGUUCUCGAGCAAAGAAAAUAAUUGAUUAUCACUUUGACAAGCUUCCACUUCAUGGACUUGGGAAAACAUACCAAGCAAAUUGGUGGAAAGCACUCGGACAUCAAUUGAUUUCCCUAGGUUAUUUGAAGGAGACUGUCCGUGACAUGUUAAGAUUUGUAAGUGUCAGUUCGAAAGGUGAGCAAUUUUUAGCCUCUUCUAGACCAGACUAUCAACCUCCCUUAGUUUUGCCAUUGAUUGGUGAGCUUGAAGAGAAGGAAAAUAGAAGCACAGAAGAAUUCAAAAUUUUGGCCACUUCAGAAUCAGAAGGUUUUUCGGAGAAUGAGGGACAGCUCUACCAAAUGCUUUUAGAAGAAAGAUUGAAGCUUGCAAGAAGUGUCGGAACAGCUCCAUAUGCUCUAUGUGGCGAUCAAACUAUCAAAAAAAUUGCUUUGACGAGACCAUCUACAAAAGCAAGGCUGGCAAACAUUGAUGGCGUGAAUCAGCACCUAGUAACAACGUAUGGAGAGUAUUUGCUUCAAGUUAUUCAGAAACUAUCAAAAGGACUAAACCUAUCAUUGGACGGUGAAGCAAUUUUGCAAACUAAUGAAGUACGGAAGUUAUCUCCCAUAGUAACCAACAAAUCAACGAAGUUGUCAACAGCUAAGUAUGACGCGUGGAAAAUGUGGCAUGAAGAUGGUCUUUCUAUUCACCAGAUUGCUAACCAUCCAGGUAGAUCAGCUCCUAUACAAGAACAAACAGUUGCUCAGUAUCUCCUGGAUGCUGCCCAAGAUGGAUUACCAUUUGAUUGGACUAGGUACAUUGAGAUGAUAGGACUGAAACAAGAUUACAUAUCAGCAAUUCAGGGUGCUAUUUUAAAAGUUGGAUCUACCGAUAAGUUGAAGCCUAUAAAAAAUGAAUUGCCGGAAGAGAUAACUUAUCCGCACAUCAAGACUUACUUGACAAUGCGAACCUGUGGAAUAUCCUUAGAAAACAUUCAAUCUGAAGGUCGCCAGUCCGUGAAAGAUGGUAAAGCUGUAAAUAAUGCAUCAAACUUAUCAGAGCCAUCUUUAGAAACACGUCACCCGGAAAGUCGUCUUGAAGCCGACAUAUCUACCGAAAGUAGGAUGGAAGUUGAUGAAGUAGUAUCUUCUACACCUGUCAAUGGUUGCCAGGUACAGAAGAUUCCAUUAGCCUGUGAGGCGGAAUUCACAAGCAAACGACUGAAAGUCAGCGAAGCAGAGGAAGUGAGUUUAAUUAAAUUGAAAGCUACAGAGAGUUCUGUUGUAGAGUGGCUGAAGAAUCUUGAUGAAGGGGCUACUUUGACUGAUAUUUUGAAGCACUUCAAUGGAACCAAUGAAGAUUCUGUUGUUGAACUGUUAAAUUUCCUUGAGUGUGACUUUUUGAUAUAUAAAAAAGGCAGUAUGUACAGGGCUAUGUAAUGAAUUUGAUGCAUAGGGAUUGUAUUAACCAUGCUUGUAGAAAGCGGUGUUUUUUAAUGGUCUCUUGCAUUGUUCCUAAAAUGUUAGGUGAAUUGUGAGUUUGAAUUUUGCAUAACCAAAGUUUAAUGUUGCGAAGAGAU